GGGGGUCACCCCAGCUGCUGCAAGCUUUGGGCUAAAAUUAGACACAGAGAAUCUCUGCUUCUUUAGCUCUUCAAACAACUGGUAUCCUGGCAUAAGAGAGGAGUUGGAGGCAAGAGGUGGUUCAGCUACACCUGAACCCUCAAGCUGCUUGGCUCACCGAGGCCUUGUCUGGGAUUGGUAUCUCACCUUGAGCUGGCAGGAAAAUUGCCAGACAGAAGGGAAGGUGCGACAUGUCGAAAAGAUUUGGCUUGUUUCCAGCUCCGCAGAAAAGUUCUCCCAGACCCAGUCAUCGCCAGGGUAACUUGGAGGACAUGGCUUCUUCUAGCAGCGGAGGGCAAAAUGACAACACAACUGUGGAGGAGAUUUAUCUUCCUCCACCCCAGCCCAGGACUUCCACUUGGCAGCAAAACAGAACAUCUAUAGGCAGCGCAGCCACACUGGACACCACACGCAGGUACACCGUGGAUAUCCCCAAAACCCCCAGAGAUCAAACAUUACCGGAAAACAACAAAAGACGUCCAAAGAAGUCAAACUUGAACUUGCUGGCGCGCUCCUCUACAGUCCUGUGCAAGCUGGGUCUGUCAGAGGCAGAGAUCAAGACUCAGCUAGAGAAUGACAGGGCGGAGCUGGUCCGGGACCUGGUGAGGAUGCCUCGGAGGACGCGAGCUCAAGCGAUCCGAUCUCUGGCAGUGAGCUUUGAGGAGAAGAGAGGGAUCAGGCAUCGGGUGCUGGAAGCCAAGCUAUCCAAAGACUCUGUGAAGCGCACAUGUUGCACAGACUGCUCGGAGCAGGUCUCCUUGGCUCUGCGGCGGUUCUGGGCGAGCCUGUUGUCGUGGUGUGUCCGGAUGCAGCUGUGGAACGGGGCCCUGAAAGAGAUCGGCGGGCGUUUCGGCACGGCCGUGCUCACCUACUUCGCCUUCCUGAAGUGGCUGCUGAUGUUCAACGUCUCUCUUCUACUCUUCAACUUCAGCUUCAUCACCGUGCCUGAGAUCAUACAAGCACACAACACCACCGCCGACAACUCCACAUUCAAAGGCCUGGAACUGCUCACCGGCACUGGUUACUUUGACCAGUCCAUUUUCUUCUAUGGGGGCUACAAUGGGGAGAUGAUCAAAGUGGGCUCCUAUGAUAUGCAGCUGGCCUAUCUCUUCACCAUGUUCACUUACAUGAUGCUCUGUGGCAUAUCCAUCGUCUACCGCUUGGGUAAGUCCGUGUGGAGGAGCGUGUUUGCCAACAGUCAGAUUGGCUACGGAGCAUGGCGAUUCUUCUGCAGCUGGGACUUCAGCAUCCUCAAUGAGAAGGCCAUCCACAGCUUCCAGAAGAAAAUCUUUGUCCAGAUCAAGGAGUCCCUGGCAGACUCAACAGAGAAGCCUGUGCCCACUGCAUCAGACCGGCUGAAGAGUCUGGGCCUCCAUGCGACCGCCUGGUUCCUCUACAUAGCACUCGCCCUCAUCUCCUGCACCUCUGUCUACUACCUGGCCACAUACAACUUAGAGAUGGUGAAGGAGGCUCUGCACUCCGGAGACCUGAAGUCGGAGGCCUUCUUCCUGCUGCUGCCUCUGCUGGUGUCCUUCAUCAACCUGGUGGUGCCCCUGCUCUACGCCCUUCUCUCCCGCAUAGAGCACUACGAAAACCUGCGCAUCAAGAUGUACGCCGGCCUGCUCAGAGAUGUCCUCCUGAAGAUGUCUAUUCUGGGCAUUCUGUGCUACUACUGGUUGACCGAUGCUCCCAGCGAAAUCCCCUGCUGGGAGUCAUUCGUAGGGCAGGAUGUAUACCGCAUGGUCAUCACUGACUUCCUCUUCAGUGUGCUGGGAUGUGUCUUUGGAGAGUACCUAUGCAGCUUGAUUGGAACCAAGUGUUUGAAAAACCUGAAACCUCCAGAGUUUGACAUCACCAGAAAUGUUCUGGAUCUGAUUUACGCUCAGACUCUAGUUUGGAUCGGGGUGUAUUUCUCUCCUCUUCUGCCCAUCAUUCAGAUCGUCAAGUUGUUCAUCUUAUUUUACAUGAAGAAGCUGAGCAUAAGUCUGAUCCUCCGGCCCUCCACUGGGCCUGGGCUGGCUGCUGAGAUGAAGAUGGCCUUUGUCGCACUGCUCUUCUUCCCCUCCUACAUCGGCUCCCUCUUCAUUGUGGGCUACAUCAUAUGGAGAUUAAAGCCCUCGGCCACUUGCGGCCCCUUCCAGGGUUUCGAAGUUACCAUGGACGCCGUGUCCUCUUGGCUGGAGUCCACCGACAUCUCGGCCCACCGGCUCGUCAUCCAGGGCCAGCUCCUCCUGCUGCUGGUCUCAUCCAUCAUGCUCAUCAUUCUUUGUUUUCUCUGGCAAAUAGUUCAGGACAGGAAACAUCUCAUCAUUGCUUUGCGUGAGCAAAUCGUCAACGAGGGGAAAGACAAGGCCUUCCUGUUAGAGAAGCUGCGUACGACCCAGGGACUCUCCCCCAGACCUCAGGUACGUUUCCUGAACGAGGAGGCUCGGUCUGGCAGAAGGGCCAGUUACAAACCGGCCCAGAACACGCCCGGGCCCCGGGGCCUCAGAAAGGGUAGAGUAGGUCCAGGCAGACCGCUUCUACCACCAGAGAUGGCCAACCAAGGGUCCCCCGCCUCCUCCCCAAACGCGCCAGGAGGGCCGCCCUCAACUGGGGCCCUGGUAGACAGCAGACAUCCGCAGCAGCAGCAGCAGCAGGCAGCCAGGGCAGAGCAGGCAGCAAGGCCCGAUGGCAGGAGCUCAGGGGCGGCCAGCAGCAGGGGCCAGAGCACACACGCCUCUUCCCCAGCGGCGGACACUCCUCGCUCCCCCUUAGCCGAUAGCCCUGGAGCGCCCAGGGCCAACCGGGCGGACUGCUGGGUGGAGGACGAGAGGCCUGGUCCUCCCCCUCCGGUGGUUCCUCAGAUAGCCUGGGGCAACACCCCCCCCAGAUACCCCCGGCGGCUGGAACCUCUCACCCCACGAGGGGGGGCCCAGGCACCUAUGCCAGGGGCAGCUCCCAAUAACCGCAGGCACACAGAUAGGACUCCCAGAUCCAACAUGUGACAGGAAACUCCAUACUGGAGAAAAAAAAACACACGCACACGCACACACACACACACACACACACCAGAAAGGGGAAGGGUCUUGCGGCAGCUUCAUGGCAUUAUUUAUUGAGUGCGUAAUAAUUUUGUUUUUGUUGGCCCAAUUUUUUAGGGCUCUUCAUUUUCUAUGAUUUAUAAUUGAAGUUGAUAUUUUGUUGGCUCUUUUGUUUUAUUAUUAUGUUCAUUUAUUUCAAUUUUUUCUACUCGUUUUCUCCUUAGGAUUGUUUUGAUGUUCUGACUUCUUGAUUCUUCCAAGUUGGAUUAACUGGGUAAAUGUUUAUUAUUACAUGUAUAUAGUCCUACCACUGCUGCCUUGUCAUAUUUCCUCAAUAUUGUACAAUAAACUGUCAUUACACUAAAACUCAGGUGCUGCUCUGAUUUACAGUGUCACCACCUUCACCAGUCAUUGGGAGAGGAGGAGUAGAAAUAAAGUCUGCAGUUGUUCA